AUGGUGGAUGAAAGUAUACUACAAGAUGAAUUGGCAAAGACUGAGCAACAGGUUGCUUCCAUAAUUGAGUCGUUCAUUGAAUUAGGUGUAUCUGUUUAUGAUUUCCCUGGGACUCCAGAGGCUUCCCAAGGGAUGGUGACUAAUUUGAGAAGAAAUGUUGAUAGGUUAAAAAAAUUAAAUCAAAAUAGUAAUAGAGUUGACACACAGCUGCAGAAUGUCGAUAUUCCGCUGGAGGUGGUGCAGUAUAUUGAAGAUGGUAGAAAUCCAGAUAUCUAUACAAGAGAGUUUGUUGAAGCAAUUAGGCGAUCAAAUCAAUACCAAAGGGCUAAAAUGCAUGGUUUAAAGCAAUUGAGGGACUCUUUGGCUGAAAAGAUUGUAGAGGAGUUCCCAGAUUUAUCAGAUACUGUGCAAGAUAUAGUGCGUAGGACUGACCCACCAGUUUAG